AUUUACUUCACACCUUGUCAUUUCUUCUCUCUCUAUCUCUACCUCUUACGCCUUCUUCUUCCUCCCUCUCUCUCUUCGCCGUCUUCCCCCUCAUCAUCCUCCUCCUCAAAUCUCCCCCUUCCCCUCUGCAACCGCUCCUUCAAAACUCCAUUAAAAUCCCCACCCUCAAUCUCUUCACUUUUACAUAAGGAAGAGGGGGACAAGAGGGAGAAAUUAAAGGUGAAGGAAAGAAUUGGUGUAAGAAGAGUGUGUUUAGAUGGAGCUAUUCCCUGCACAGCCAGAUUUGUCUCUGCAAAUCAGCCCUCCAAACAGCAAACCCGGUAGUUCAAAUUGGAGGAGAGAUGGUGGCGACGUGGAUUUGGGGUUCUGGAAGAGAGCUUUGGACUCCACAAACUCAUCACUCUCAUUCUCAUCAAUGCCCAAAUCCAAAUCUUCCUGUGAUAAUAAUCUCAUUCAUCAUCAUCACCACCAUGCUCAUAACUCCUUCGACCUCUCUCUCUCCUCCUCCAAUAGUACUAAUACUACAUCCACAAGACCACCCCCUCCUUCUUCCUCGUCUUCUUCUUCUUCUUCUUCACUCUGCAACAACACCAACUCUAACCUCACUAACAUCCACCGCCACCGUCAUUUACUCCAAAACGGCAACAAUAAUGCCAAUCCCUUGCCGUCGUCGUCGUUUCACUACUCCCACAACCACCACCAGAGUCUGGGCUUUCUCAGGCCCAUCAGAGGAAUCCCUCUCUACCAAAACCCCCCUCCUCCUCCUCCUUCUAAUAUUCCCUUUGGUGCUCUUAUUGAUGCUAAUAAUUAUCCCACGCUUACUCCUGCUACCACUGUUCCUCCUCCUCCUCCUCCUUCGACAACCUCGUCGAGCCCUUUUCAAUCUCACCACCAAGGUUUGAUGAGGUCUAGGUUGUUGUCUCGUUUCCCUGCUAAGCGCAGCAUGAGAGCUCCUCGGAUGCGUUGGACUACAACCCUCCAUGCUCGCUUUGUCCAUGCCGUUGAGCUUCUCGGUGGCCAUGAAAGGGCAACACCAAAGUCAGUUCUUGAGCUAAUGGAUGUGAAGGAUCUCACUUUAGCUCAUGUUAAAUCUCAUCUACAGAUGUACCGAACGGUGAAAACCACAGAUAAAGCCGCUGCUUCCUCGGGGCAAUCUGAUGUAUAUGAUAAUGGAUCAUCUGGAGAUAAUUCUGAAGAUUUCAUGUUUGAUAUGAACAAUUCAAGAAGUUCUGAUCUGUCUACCAAGCAAGCAAAAGAAAGUGCUAAUCGUGAUAAAGAACAUCGCGGCCUUUGGAGCAACUCUUCCAGGGAAGCUUGGUUGCAUGGGAAGCCAAAGCUGGAUUACUGUGCAGGAAACUUGAGUUCUUUUGAGAAGGAAAUGGAUCCAGCAAAAUGCCUAAGUUACGAGAGAGUAUCAGAUGGAAGUGCAUCGUCAGAUCUUUCAGGAACAAGCCCCAAGAAACCAAAUUUGGAUCUGGAGUUUAGCUUAGGGCAGCCACUUUGAGAUCAUAUCUCUCUUUUUGUUGAGUAAUAUAAUAAUGUGCAUGGAAGAGUUAAUCAAUUAGGGCUCUGGAAUGAGAGAAUCGGUACUUGCUGAGAGAAAACGAGAGAGAAAAAGAAAACAAAAAGAAUACACACAGAGAGAGAGAGAGAGAGAGAGAGAGAGGAAAAAAGAAAAGUAAAAGGGGCUAGGGAAAGACAAGGAGACAAGAAAGACAGAAAGCAGCAAAAGGAGAAGGAGGUGGGGGAAAAAAGCUUGUCCUUCCUAUCAAGUUCUUGUGAUGAGAUCCGUCCAAAUCAAUAUCACAAUCUUAUAUAUUUCAUGGUAAAUAUAUCGUUAAAAUUAUAUCUAAUUGAUUUGUAUGUUUUUGCAAUCUUUUAGAGAGGGAGAAGGAAAGAAAGAGACAAAAGAGAGAGAAAAGAGAGCAAGUGCUUUGGCUACCUUAAAGUAUGAAGUGAUCCUUGGCAAUAUUGUAAUGGACCACUUUUACAUUUUAUCAAUAUAUUUUCCAUCUUGUUUCUCUACCA